CUCAUAUGUCGUAGGUAGCACACUCCUGAUAAUCAAUUUCUUGAAAUUUGGUUAUUACUCCUGUUUAUUUCGAAGUAUAGAGACAUGGUUGAUUAUACUCUUAUUGGAGAGUGUAAUGCAAAAAGUGAAAAAUGUUCCCGAUGGACAGUACUUGCUAUACUUUUGCUGACAAUAACUCUUGGACUAUGUUUUAUUGUUGGAAUGACAUAUGUUUUCUAUCUGAAGUAUGAAAAGAACAAUUCAUACCAUUCCACCAAUGAACCAGUUGAAAAUAGAAGUUUAACAUCAUUCAUGUUAUUCUCUGAUAUCCAUCUUGAUCCUUGGUACACACCUGUUGCUGGCAAAGACAGUUUUUGUCGCAAUGCUAACAAGCCAAGUACAUAUAAUGCACCUUUAGGAAGGAUUGGAUGUGACUCUCCUAUCAGUUUAUUGGAGGAAACUCUACGUGUUAUGACUGAACAUGCCCAAGAGUUGACACACAUAGAUUUCAUAAUGAUGUCAGGUGACUCUUGUGCUCACAGGAUAAACAUAAACCGUAGAGCUGAAAUAUUGGCUAUAUUGAAUAUCACUACAAGUGCAGUUCAAUCAGCAUUUCCAAACAUUCCAUAUUUUCCAAGUAUUGGUAACAAUGAUUUACCUGGACAUUAUGUCAUGCCAGGUGAAAAUGACACUUGGUAUUCAGAUGUAUUGAAUAUUUGGCAAGAUGCAAUUUUGUGCACUUAUUGUAAUGUGAAGAAAAACACAACAGAUGUCGAUCAACUCCGUCAGACUUUUUUGUAUGGAGGAUAUUACAGGGUUUCUAUUGCAGAUGGUAAAAUAUUAUUAUUGGUGUUGAAUUCAAUGUAUUGGACUAAAAGUACAUGGAAACACGAUAAAUACUUUCAGGAAAGAGCUAAUGAACAAUUAAAGUGGAUUGAAAUGCAGUUAAACCAUGCAAGAAGAACUGGACUAAAGAUAAUAAUAACAAGUCACAUUCCUCCUGGCAUCGACUCUUAUUCUGGAAAAUCGUUGUGGUUAAGUAAUUAUACAGAAAUAUACAUGAAUCUCGUCGCGAACGAUUUUAGUGACAUUGUGAUAGGUCAAAUUUAUGCACAUUUUCACAAAGAUGAUUUUCGUUUUCUUCAAAAAAACACAGACAGUUUGUCAUUUAGAAACUCUUCCUAUAUUUUGCUUAUUCCUGCUGUUACUCCUGUCUAUAAAAAUAAUCCCAGUUUUCGCAUAGUCCAUCUUGACUCAAAUGCUUUGGCCAUCACGGAUUAUGAGCAGUGGUACAUGAAUCUUGUAAUGGCAACUGAAUUCGACAAUCCUGUGUGGCAACUAGACUAUAAAUUCUCCUCGAGAUAUCCUGCAAAAGGUGAUGAUGAUAAUGUAAUUAACGGCAAAAGAAUAAAGCAUCUUAGUGAUAACAUAAUUAAUCAGUUUAAUGAUAGUUACUUCAAUGGAUUCAUUGCUUCACGACAAGUCCAUUAUCAACCGGAUCCAUUUUCUAGAUUUGAAUAUUAUUGUGCCAUCACAUUUUACUCUCAAGAAGAGUUUGAUGUAUGUCGUAAAAAAUAUCUCGUUCCCGGUGGAUAAAAACGAAUAUUUCCCAAAUUUAUAUUUUUGUAUAUUGUAUUUUCAUGAUAUAACAGAGAUUUAUACU